AUGAUGAUUCAAGUGAUUAUCAAUUGGUUAUUCGAUAAUAAAUCCGUAUUAUUUGGCGCACUUCUCCCGAUUCUCUUAUCACCAGUCGUUGGAUUCGAUUGUGCUGGAAAGAAUAAAAUUGGAAAGAACAAGAACAUGAAGAAGAAGAAACAAGAGGAAACGGAAUCAGAGAAUUCGAAAAAGAAGAAAAAGAAAAGGAGCAAGGAGGAUACAUCGGGGGAUAGUGUAGAGGAGAGUGCUCCGAUGAAGAAAUCUGUGAUGUACAUGUAUUUAAUCGAAAAGGGGCAUGAGGGUGUGAAAGCAGAAAUACGUGAACUCUUGUUUACAGGAGUUUUUUCACAGCAUGUUUGA